CCAUUUUGACCUCAUUUUGGACCCGAUCCUCUCAGUCCAAGCCAUGGUGCAAAGCAUUACGACCCUCAUCCUCAAGACGGCCAAGAAGUUGAGCCACGAGGACUUCCUGGGUGCGCUGCGCAACUUGUGCCGUUGGGCCGUGCCCGAAGUCCAACAUGCCUUCGACUUCGUGCAUUUGCCUUGGAAGAAGUUGGCCGUGGUGAACUUCACCUCCCCCGAGACUUGUGCCAAGUGCUACCGCGUCUUCUCCGCCAUCGCUGGCCAGGAGAGCAUGCUGAUCGUGGAUCUCAAGGAAGCACAACAUCAGGGCCUUGCCCAGAAUUUGGCUUUAUACUGCUUGAGAUCUCAUCACAUGGAGUCGGUUCAGCCUCGGGUCUUCGUCAAUGGAGUCGAACUGCCCUUGGCGCUAGCCUGUGCCAAGCUGGUUUCGCCUCAGAUGCUGCAACUGGUCGCCUUGCAACAGGCAGGAGUGGAACAUCCCCCAGGCCUGCCACCACUGCCGAGGAUGCUCUCCAAGCUCGAGACGGUCCAGCGCUGCCGCGACGCCGACGCUCUGUCCGUGCCCUUCGCUGCGGAUGGAUGUCAAAUGGUGUUUUCCUUGUGAGCGAAAGAUGAGCCUGUGCUGGGAGCCUGCGCUGACAUGAGUUGAGGGUAUGAGACUACUUCGUGCCUCAUUUUGGAGCAGAAGAGGUCAUCGAAGAGGUCGGUGCUGGAUGACCUCCCUCUCACUGAGAAGAAGUGGAGUAAACAAGUUGUGCUUUAGGACUGAUGCCAUCCCUAGGGCAGGAGCGGACGGAGGCUUGCAGUGUCGAGACAAUGCCGAAGCAACG